AUGAUAGACUCUGAAGGUGUGACGUAUCCGAACCAGCUGUGUAUCUGCGAUGUGACUGAAGAUGGUAUUAUGAAAGGGGAGGUGGCGAUAGAGGUUGGUCAAGAUCAGGGUAGAGACUCUCGUAAGGAAGAGGAGAACAACGACUCCCGAACCCCGGGCUCUACGAUUGCCGCUGGAAAGGAGGAGAAGGAAAAGGUAAAAGGCGAAAAGCGUCAAGCACAAAAGAAAGUCAGACUUAGAAGUAGAUCAAUACGAAUAGAAGACUACCAAAGCCAGGAAGAAGAGCAGAGAGAAAGGGGAAGGGUGGAUAGAGACCCUCCGGAGUAA